AUGGCAGGAAUUAUCCCAUUGCUGCUGGCCACCAUCUGCCUCAUUUUCGAACUCUACAAUCCCACACCAUUCUUGUGCUACGUCAUUACCUACCCCGUUGGUUGUGACCACUAUCCUGAUAUCCCCUGCAUUAGAGGCAAUCAUACCUGGAUGUGGCGCAGUGUGGCACAGAUUGUGUCAUUUUCCAUUUGCAUGCUGACCAUCAUUUGCAGCGUGGCCGUUAUUUACAAAACGGUACGAGAGCAGGAACGAGCCAUGGCACAAUACUCGUCGGAAUGGGUCCAACGAAGGGCACGAAACAGCCGACUUGCACUGCACAAGGCUGCCGUCUUUAUUGGCGCCUUUUUAGUGGUUUGGACACCAGCGCUGUUGGUUGCACUCUGUGAAGAUCUCGGAGUAAAGAUACCCUUUCCUAUUUGGCUCAUUGAUGCCUUUAUGAUACCCCGGGUGUGCUUGCUGUGUGGUCGACAAUGCCGUGGAAUCCGUCAGAAGUUCCGUCCAAUCGGUACGAAAGACGACCAACAAGGCCAUGCGGUCAGGAGUUCCGUCAUGUCACGACAAAGUGGCAGCUCUCUCAUGAGGUCGUCCGAAUUGACACCCAGAGGCGGUCAUGGAACGUCUCUCAGUCGAUCGUUUGGCACAUCGGGAGGAUCUUCGUCUCACCAGUUCCGUGAUGAGGAUGGCAACGGUGUAGAAGACAAGGAAGAGGAAGAAGAGCAGCCCAAUACAUUCGAUAUUUCCGUCAAUCAUUUGUCGCACGAUGAGAAUGGAUUGGCAGACCUUACGGAGGCAAAAGAUUUGAGUAGUUCGGCAGAGAUCCUUGCAUUGGAGACGAUAACUACAAUAGCACCAGUUGACAGUUACAACCAACUCGGAAGCUGUGGAAGUGGACAAAGGUCAAAUUUGCGGCAAUCUAGACGACAGUGA